UAAUAUUCAACUGGAUGGAAAUUGUUACAAUUAAGUUUUAAUUGUCGCGCGUUUGUUUUUCUCCCAAAAUCCAAUCAGAUGAAAGUUAAUUUGUAAACAUUGAACAUGUGAGAGUUUUCAUUUAAUUUGGUGGAAAAUUGUUUUUAAUUAUUCGUUUCAAUUAACUUGUUUUCUCAAUUGUCAUUUUAUCAGGUCUUUAAUUUUGUCUUUUCGCAACGAAUCAAUACUAAUUGUCUUUGUGUUUAAUGAACUGUUAUUGGUAUAAUUCAACAAAAUUUUUUCAGUUCAUUGGCCAUUCGACUAAACUUUUUAAGCUUGUGAAUUCUGUUAAUUAUGUUGCUUACCAGCGAUUUAAUUAUAACAAUUUAAGAUCUAUUGAAACUAUGGCCUGUUAUCCAGAAUCACCUUUUACACGAGUUAAUGAUUUAAGAAUUUUUCUCAAAAACUCUCUGAGUAAAUCAUGGUUGUUAAUGGAAAACGAUGGUUCGAAUGGAGAUGAUUUGAGUGAAAUUAAAUUCCGUCAAUUAGAAAAAUGGUUAACUCGACCACCAAAGUUUACAACAAUACGAUUUAAUUGUAAUAAAAUGGAUUCGUCAACUGCUGUUUCCAAAUUGAAAGAGAUUCUAUCUGAACGUUGCCAUCGUUUUCCGGUUGAAUCUUUAUCCAUCUCAGUUCAUCCGAUCCUUAAAGAUUUACUAAUUGUUACGAAUGGGGGUUAUGAUCAGAUUGAAUCUCUGCAACCUCACGGUAAACCAGUGAUAAUUGAUCUUCGAGCAGGUCAAUCGGUACUUCGAGGAUCAGAGAUUUACGUUGGUGGGAUAAUCGGCGCUCCAUCUGAUUUAAGGAAAUCCGACCAAGUGGCCGUUUACGUUGAUAUUCAAGGCAAAUGUUUAAAAGGUUGGAAACGACCUUACAAAGGGGCUAAGGUUUUCAUCGGAAACGGGAUCAGUUUUCAUGAUCGUCGGGACAUUUUCUGUGAUCAUCCACCUCAAGGAAUCGGUGUUCAAUUAACUAACUGUCUCUAUCCAGCUCCUUCUUUAUAUGGAAACAUGGAUGACCUUUUUUUUGCUCAGAAUUUUCCCUCCAUGGUUACAGUUCACACUCUGGACAUUUCACCGGGUCAAGUAGUUCUCGAUAUGUGCUCAGCCCCCGGUGGUAAAACAACCCACCUCGCAUCCUUGAUGAACUUGACUGGAACCCUAAUCGCUUGUGAUGUAUCAAAAUCAAGAAUUGAAAAAUUAAAGUCAAACCUUCAACGAUGGCAAAUGGAUCAAUUUGUUUCCGUCUACAAUCAUGACUGUACCAAACCAAUUGGAAGACUGAACAAUCAAUCAACUAAUCAACUUGAACCUCCAUUUCAAGAGGAAACAUUUGAUCGGAUUUUACUUGACGCUCCAUGUAGUGGACUUGGACAACGACCUCAACUUGUCGGGGAUAAAACUUUGUCCGGUUUCCUGUCCUUUCCUAAAAUUCAAUCUCGCCUAAUUGAAAAUGCGGUUAAAUUGUUAAAAAUUAACGGAAUUUUGGUCUAUUCAACCUGUUCCUUUACUAUUGAAGAAAAUGAGUUAAUUGUUGAUAAAAUUUUAACUGAUUAUCCACAGAUAAAGUUGGAAUCACAAAAACCUUUUCAUUUUGGUCAAUCAGGUUUCAAAGGUGAUCACAAUUUAACCUCCGAUGAUUUAACCAAAAUCCAGCGAUUCAUUAAUACUAAUCAAGAAAUUGAUUCUCCUGAAACUGAUACAAUCGGAUUCACAAUUACAAAACUUAGAAAAAUUAAAUUGUAAACUGUUUCUAAUUUUGAUUUUAAAGUCUAAAUAAAAGUUUAAUCAUUUGAUUACAUCAAUUAA